AUGCCAGUUGAUAGUGGAUAUUGGAUCCUUGAGGACGAGAAUGGGAAGGAGAACGAGGCUGAGGAUAAGGAUGAGGAUGAGAAUGAGAACGAGAAGAAGAAUGAGAGUGGAACGAGAAUGAGAUUGGAGUUGGGGUUAAGACGAGAACGGUGA